GCGCAGCAGUGCGCCCGGGGAAACGUUUGAGCGCUGCACCACCCUGCGCCAUGCCCUUCAGCCCAGUGCUCGGAGGAGAAAGCUUGGGACGUGGGCCCCGGCUGUGGCGUGAGGGUUUUCUUUGUAGUUCGCGGUCUGAGGCCAGGCCUCAAGCAAGAACGGCAUCAUCAUGAUGAACGGACGGCCGGGCCGAAUGCCCUUACAGUUCCUGCCGGAUGAGGCCCGGAGCCUGCCCCCGCCCAAGCUGACCGACCCGCGGCUCGCUUACAUCGGCUUCUUGGGCUAUUGCUCCGGUCUGCUAGAUAACGCGCUCCGGCGGAGGCCGGUGAUGUUGGCCGGUUUACAUCGCCAGCUUCUAUAUGUCACUUCCUUUGUUUUUAUUGGAUAUUAUCUUUUAAAACGUCAAGACUAUAUGUAUGCUGUGAGGGACCAUGAUAUGUUUGCAUAUAUGAAAUCACAUCUGGAGGAUUUUCCUGAACAAGAUAAGAAAACUUAUGCUGAAAUUUUUGAAAAAUUCCAUCCAGUGCGUUGAAGUCUCCAAAGUUCUUGCUUCGGUUUCACUGAUAAGUUAUUUCUGAAUUUAGUGGAACACACUUUCAUGAUACCUGAAGUUAUAUUAACCUGUAUGUUAACACCUGUAAUUAAAAUGGUCACCAUGAACA